AUGGUGAAGCAUAACAAUGUCAUCCCUAAUGGACACAUCCGUAAGCAUGGGCAGAACUAUGUCAAGACAUGGUUCAAUCUACCUGCCCGCAAGACAAGGAGACGGAUAGCUGGUCAGAAGAAGGCUGUUAAGAUUUUCCCCUGGCCUACUGCUGGUCCUCUCAGGCCUAUGUUGAUCAUGGAGAGCUCUGGAUCUGUCCUACCCCAAGCAGCCUCUGUUGCUGCAGCGCACUCAUUACUUCCACGUCCAGCCCAUGUCACAGAGGUUCCAACAUCGGAAGUUCAGGUCCAAUUAUCAGCUGAGUUGACCCGUGUGACUUUCCCAGACAACUUCCAUGCUGCUACUUCUUGUCUUUAA